UAUACACCUUCAAUUUUCCGAUGUAGUGAUAUGUUGUGGUGUGGAGCCCGGCUAGCGGUAGCGGUGCCUGGGUAGGGGAAGAGAGUCAGGAGAUCGACUUGCUGCAGUCAUGUGGCGGGAUCCGGACUGUGGUCCAUGUGACACAUGGCAGUUCGUGGGUCAGAUGGAACGUCAAUGCUGCAGGGAGUUCCAGUCUGCAAGGAUGACCCUGCCUUCCCCAGAGACCCCCGUCAGGGCCGGGUCAUGUCGUUCAGCAAAGAUGGCAGUCUCUUCGGCUGGGGCAACGGACAGAAGGUCAGUGUGCUCCGGUCAAAGGACAGUGAGGUACUGCAGACGUUGGAUCUUCCUAAAACAACGAUGCUCCAGUUCUCUCCUCUGAACACCAUCCUGGUUACCUGGCAACCAUACAGCACGACAGCAGAUAACCCCCAGGGAGACUCUAACCUCCAGCUGUGGGACGUCCAGACAGGGGCACUGCUCAAAUCGCUGUACCAGAAGAAGCUUGAGGGCUGGUCUCCCUGCUGGUCUGAAGAUGAGAAGCUUGCUGUGAGGAGUGUCAACAAUGAGCUGCACUUCUUUGAAAAUAACGACUUCAACACCAUCGCUAACAAGCUUCACAUGCAGAAGGUGUCGGACUACAUCCUGUCUCCAGGAGCUCAACCCAGCAAGGUGGCGGUCUGCGUACCGGGCAGCAAGGGAGCCCCCUCUUUUGUGCGUAUCUACCAGUACCCCAACUUUGGUGGGCCCAGCGCCGCCCUGGCCAACAAAAGCUUCUUCAAGGCCGACCGAGUCUCAAUGGAAUGGAACAAAAAAGGCACAGCGGUGCUGGUAACGGCCAGCGUGGAUGUUGAUAAGUCAGGAGCUUCAUACUACGGAGAACAGAAUCUGCACUACCUCGACAUCAAAGGAGAGGGUGCUGUUGUUCAACUACCGAAGAACGGGCCCAUCUACGACGUGGUGUGGAGCCCAACCUCCACGGAGUUCUGCGUGGUCUACGGCUUCAUGCCGGCCAAGGCCACCGUCUACAACCUCAAGUGUGACCCCGUGUUUGACUUCGGAACCGGACCACGCAAUGCUGCUUACUACAGUCCCCAGGGCAACAUCCUGGUGCUGGCUGGUUUUGGAAACCUUCGGGGUCAGAUGGAGGUCUGGGAUGUCAAGAAAUACAAACAGGUGUCUAAGCCCCAGGUGCCGGACUCCACCCACUUCUUCUGGUGCCCUGACGGGGAGCACAUUGUCACGGCGACGUGUUCUCCGCGCCUGCGCGUCAGCAACGGCUACAAGAUCUGGCACUACACCGGCACCCUGCUCCACAAGGAGGAGACGCCGGCAGGGAAAGAGCUCUGGGAGGUGCGAUGGCAGCCCUCUCCGGCCGGAACCUUCCCCGAGCGACCGGUGAAGUACCAGGCCGCCCCCAGCCCUCUGGGCAGCACCCAGCCCACCACCACCCAGGCCUACCGCCCCCCCGCCAUGCGCAACCAACCAGCCACCGCCAGCACCAAACUGCAUGAAGAGGAGGCUCCCCAAGACAUGAGGCCUGGGUCAGACAGACAGCCGGUCUCCAAGGCAGCCCUGAAGAACCAGAAGAAGAGAGAAGCCAAGAAGGCCUCAAAACAGGAGGCAAAGCCUGACGCUGCGGAGCCCCAUUCAAACUCCGCCCCCAAUCCCAACAGCCAAUCAGCUGAGAGCUGUGGAGACCCUGAAACAGACAAGAAGAUCAAGAACCUAAAGAAGAAACUCAAGGCGAUCGAAGAGCUGAAGGAGCAGCAGGCAUCUGGCAAGACUCUGCAGAAGAACCAGUUGGACAAGUUGGAGAAGGAGGAGGAAGUACUGCAGGCAUUGGAGGUGUUGUGUGUGUAAGAGUGACUUCAUCACCUCUUUCCCAAUCACCUCCUUCUUCCCAUCAUCAUCACCUCUUCCUGCUCCUCCUUACCUUCCCCUGCCCGGCAUCAUUCCUCCUCCCGCCCACCAUCAUGGGCUGCCUUGCCACCAAGUUCACAGAGGAGUAAGACCAUUGCGGUCAUGUUCAAUUGUUCAUUCAUAAUAAAUGAAGUUCUUUGUUCA